AUGCCUGCAAGAAGUGCGCUGGGUCCUGCCAUGAUUGGCCGCCAACUCCAUGUACACCAACCGAACUCAAAUUUUCAGUGUUGUUGCGUACGUGCUGUCGAACAACCAACGGAUUUACCGUGCAACACAAUUUUCGAUUUCUUGCCCGACGCUCCCAUUUGCUCACAAUAUGGAAUGUUUGUGGGACAAUUUUCGUGUAGUCUUCACAGAAAUGUCUUUGGGUGGCACAAUCAUCUGUGCCAUAUAGGGAACUCUGGACCGUUUAUCAAAGCGUACAGCUGUGGGCGCAAAGGAAGAGGNGGCUCAUGCUUCCAACCGUAUCGAUAAAUCAUACGACACAUUUCACCUGGCUGUCAACUUUUGCGGAGUGCAGCCGUCGAUUUUUCCGAAUGCAUCAUAACACCGUCUUUCAUGGGACCAGAGGUUUUUGCUGCGCUGCGUUUCAGUAGGAGUAAUUUCCUCAUCAACAAGUGCACUCUUGCCUCAAAAAUGCUCUGCGUUUCCAAAGUCACAGUAGUUUGGAUUAGUUUAAGCAAACGACGGGACCUCCCCAGAUCGCCGCCAAAUUAG